GAUGACUGAGAAUUAUUGAUAUGAAAAAAAAAUCGAACCUCUUUGAUCGGUGUGUGACUCGAUUCGGUUGAAGUGUCGUGAAUUAUUCUCGCGUCGCACAAUGGGAGCGUUCGGAGUCUGAUACGGCCAAAAAUGUUUCAUUGACUUGGCGUUGUUGGCGGAGUUGGUGGUUGUGCAAAUUCACCUUCACUGUCCCAUUGUACGCCAUCGCCGAUAGCAUCUUAGGGGGAGCACACAGCAUCAACAUACGCGCCGGUAUGGUGGCGGGGCAGUAUGGAAGUUCGAACCAUCGUCGUCGUCGUCGCGGCUGCCAGUGAGAACAAACCAAGACUUUUAAUGGAUUUUAAAUAUGUUCGGUGCCCGGUUCGGUGAACAUCUCGCGCGUGUCCAGAGAAAUCCGCCACAAUUGAAACAGUUCAAAUUUGCAGCGGCCGUUGAUCAGAUUGUUUUUGGAAAGUUGCCAAAUGGGGUAAAAGCGCGGUCAGUGACACAAAUUUGUUUAAUGAAUGUUCAAAAAUGGAAUUCGAUUGAAAGUGAACAGAUGACUGUGAGCCAAUUUUAUUCUAUGCAAGUGAAGUUAUGCAAAUUUCGACGUGAAAAGUAAAAAGAAAUAGCCAUCACAGUGCAACGAAGUCAUAAAAAAUAAUCAAGUUAUUUAAAUGGUUAAGAGUGCUCAAUAAAAAAAAUCAAACCACAAGAAAAUGCGGUGGCGUAGUGAUUCAAGCCAAGUGCCCAGUGAUGGAAGUAGAUGUGCAAAAAAGUUCUUCGAAUGCAGGAUAGCGACGAUAAGACAAACGACCUCAAACCACUGGUGGUCGCCUCUGGUGCUGGCGGCGGUUUGCAUCAACUUGACGGGACCCAUCAGAGCAUUCGACGUUUACUGGAACAUUCCCACGUUCAUGUGCCAGCAGUAUCAGAUGAACUUCUCCAGCAUAGGACCCACGUACGGGGUAAGCCAGAAUGGAAAUGACACUUUCCGGGGGAGCGCCAUUUCGAUCCUGUACGAUCCGGGAAAGUUUCCGGCCCUGCUGGAAAAAUCUUCCACGAAAGUGCUGUAUAAACGAAACGGCGGCGUACCGCAGGAGGGUAAUCUCACCGAGCAUUUGGACGUCUUCCGGAAGCACAUGGACGAACUGGUGACGGACCAGAACUUUUCCGGGGUCGGCAUCAUCGAUUUCGAAUCGUGGCGGCCAAUCUUUCGGCAGAACUUUGGCUCGUUGCAACCGUAUAAGGAUCUCUCGAUGAAGAUCGAAAAGCAACGGCAUCCCAAUUUACCUCCCAAGUGGUUGGAAGCUGAGGCUACCAGACGAUUUGAAUCAACAGGCCGGGAGUUUAUGGCUCGGACGUUGCUGCUAGCCAAACAGAUGCGGCCCCGGGCAGCCUGGGGCUAUUAUGCCUUUCCGUACUGCUUCAACAUGAACGGCGGUUCCUCGGGCAACGGCCAACGGGAGGAUUGCUCCGCCGACGUGCAGCGAGAGAAUGACCGCAUCCAGUGGCUAUUUGACGGCUCGGACAUUAUCUUCCCCUCGGUGUACCUGCGAGAGAAGCUCGGUGCCGGGGACCGGGUCAAGCUGAUUCGGGGCCGCGUGAAGGAAGCGAUCCGGGUGGCCAGGAGGGCCAAUGCCCAGCCCAAGCCCCGGGUGCUGACAUACAUCCGGUACGUCUACACGGACAGCAUCAAGUACUUGACCGAGCCGGAUUGGAUCAACGCUUUUAAUGCCAUGAAGCAGUUUGGAUCCGAUGGAGUCAUCCUUUGGGGAAGCUCAUAUGAUCUCAACAACAAAGAAAAGUGCUUAAACUUCAAAUCCUACAUGGACACAACGCUGGGUCCAAUUCUGCAAUCUCUCCGGCAACGGUACGUCGUUGAAGCUCCCAAAACCAUGGACUUCCCACUGUUGCAGUGGACCUAAACCGAACCAUCGAAUCGAAUAGCGAAACCAACGGCAGUAUUCAUGAGCACCAAAUAAACCCAACCAUUAGCAUCAAUGUGAUCGACAAAUCCAAAUGCAACCAUUUUUUAGGGUAUUCGACGUAUUUCUAAAUAAGGCCAUCGUACGAUAGAUAGAUGAUUUAUAUUUUUAUGUAGUAGGAAUAAAGCAAGUCAAACGACACAUCCUUCAGAAAAGGCAUAAAU